GGCGUCGUUUGGAACAUUUAGUGGUAAGAAAAACAAUUCUGAACUCUUAAACCCUUCUCCGUUUCAAUCCCCUCCAUCGCAGCCGCGCCCCUUUCUCUGCGAAGCUGAUAUAACCAUUUUUUUCUUCUACUCUGAACCCUAAUCAGCGUUAUCUUUUGUUCAUUCUUAACAAGAAAUUUGAAUUUGGGCUUUGAAAUGGGUUCAUCCUCGAAGAAAUCUAAAAUAAUGCAAAAAAGUGACACUGAUUCGGACGAAUACGACGAUGUUAUGUCCGACGAAGAGGUUAAUAAUGAUAGCGAAUUGGAGGAGGAGGAGGAGGAAGUAGAAGAAGAUGAAGAUGAAGGAGAAGAUGAGGGAGAGGAUGAGGGGACAGAUGAGGAAGAAGAAGAUGGGACAGUAAAGAAAAGUGAAUGGAACCAUGAUGAGAUGGAAGAACUUGAGAAAGAGUAUAGAGAUCUUCAUCAUCAGGAGCAGGAGCUAAACAUUUUGAAGAACUUGAAGCACCAUAAGGAUGAAGAUCUUCUUAAAGGACAAGCUGCGAAAAGUCAGAAGGCCCUCUGGUACAAAAUUCUCGAGCUUAGAUUCUUACUUCAGAAGCCAUUCUCAAGUUCUAACAGGCUACCCGAGGAAUCAGUAAAAGCUUCAUUCUGUGAAUCAGAUGAGACAGUUAGAGUUGCAUAUGCAGAUUUGAUAACUUCGUCCAAGGAGACUUUGGAUUCUAUAUUGGAACUGCAAGAGGCUCUGAUUGCAAAGAAUCCGUCAGUAACCCAAGCUAUUAAUGGUUCAGAAGGGUCAUCAAAAGACUUAGAAGCUUCUAAUAAUUUGGAUGACAAUCUUGAUCAAGAGUGGUCACAAAUUUCUCGGAUGCACAACAGUAUAGCAUCUUUCAGAGACAAGUCUAUCAACAAAUGGCAGAGGAAGACACAAGUGACAUCCGGUGCUGCUGCAAUUAAAGGCAAACAUGCUUUUAAUCAGGAUAUAAGCAAUCAAGUUGCUGGCUAUAUGAGAGAUCCUAGUAGAAUGGUCAAGCAGAUGCAACUGAGAAGAUCAGCUGUUAACGUAUUUGGAUCCGUUUCAAAGAUUAGUGAUAGCUCUGAUGAAGCGGUAAGACAUGCUGACGGCGAUCCUGAACUGCUCGACGAUUCUGAAUUUUAUCAGCAAUUAUUGAAAGAAUUUUUCGAGACUGUUGAUCCCACAUCAUCUGAGAAAGCAUUUUAUGCUUUGAAAAGGAUGCAAACAAAAAAGAGAAAAAUCGUAGAUCGUCGGGCCUCAAAAAGUCGCAAGAUAAGGUAUAAUGUUCAUGAAAAGAUAGUAAACUUUAUGGCUCCUCAACCUGCGAAUAUUCCUCCCAUGGCUCCAAUGCUAUUUGAGAAUCUGUUUGGAUUGAAGACUCAAAGAUCAUCUGCUGCAGCCUCAUAAUCAUGUUUUGCUCUAUUACUUAGUCUCCAACAUUUAGUUAUUGUAGUUAAAAAAAUGGCUCUUUGAAAUUCUCUCUGAGUGCUAUUUUAGUUUUUAACUCAAGUAAAUAUAGCAUAAAGACUGAUAUAAGAUGAUACAAUUAUUUUCUAGUUGUAACAACUAAAUGAGGGAUAAAUACUAAGCUAUAUUUUCUUUUUUCA